AUGGCGCAAGUUAACAUCCCUUCGACGAACACGGACCCAGCUUAUCGGUACAAGAUGCCGAAGCUGGUGUCCAAGGUGGAGGGUCGUGGUAACGGGAUUAAAACGUCUGUCGUAAACUGCAAGGAGAUCGCGGGCGCCAUUAAGCGUCCUCCUGGUUAUGUCAUGAAAUGGUUCGCGUGCGAUCGCAGCACGACGUCCAACUACACUGACAAGGAAGGCGAGGGGCAGCGCGCAAUUCUCUUGGGGUCGCAUAAUGCCCCUGAUUUGCAAGAGUCCCUGGACAAGUUUCUGCAGGCCUACGUCCUGUGUCCCACGUGCGGACUUCCAGAAAUGGACCUGAAGUACUAAAGAUUUAAAUUGCAACUUCUUCCCCUGCACUUGCGUGCCUCUGUAAUGUGUCUCCCACACACCAAACAAUACCUCGCGAACAGGUAACUGAAUGAAUGAAUAAAUCAAGAGCUAGGGAUCAUGAAUAUUGAUAUUGCAAUUACAUUUGAUACAAAGCUCGCAAAAUUGUUUUUAGUGUUACCCAUAGGAAAAUUUCUGAUGAUCAUAGCUCACUUUCAUCUAUUGAUUUCCUUAUUUCUCAUCAGGACCGUUAAGAAAACUGAGAUGAUCAGUGGGAAUUGCGCAGCCUGUGGAUGGAAUGGACAUCUUGCUGAGGCUAUGGGUUACGAUCGUAUGGCGGCGUACGUUCUCAAUAAUCCGAUGGACGGUUCUCAUGAAAAUACGACCAAAAAAUUGACGAAAGAAGAACGCAAAAAGAUGCGUGCAGCAAAGGCUGCGGCAGGGAAUGUUGCUGGUAUUUUAGAUUUUAGAUGAUAAUGUUUGAUUUUCCUUGUGUAGCUGUCUAGAAGUUGAUCUUGUGAUGUAUACUCGAGAUAGAGCAAAAGAUUUCGUAAACACCAUCAUCCCAACAUGUUGCUCCCCUUAUUCUAGAUGGUGGCGAUGCCGAUACGGGUAAGAAGAAGAAAAAGAAGAAGGGCGCAGACUCCGAUGAUUCUGAUGGAGGAGACAUCAAGAAAAAGAAGAAAGAGAAGAAGGAGAAAAAAGAAAAGAAAGAGAAAAAGAGCAAGAAGCGCGACGAUUCCGAUGAUGGGGGGGAUGACGGAAGCAAGGCGAAGACGCCGGAAGACGAUACCAGCGAUGACGGACAAAAGCAUAAGGAUGACGAUGUCAUGCAAAUGAUUGACUCCCUUAAAACACUUGCUGAUGGCCCAGUCAAGGACUUCGUUGAAGAGGUAUUUUAUUUUCUAUCUCGCCGCACUGAAAUCUUUUUAUAAUGGAGGUCCUGGUCUUCUUGUUGAAAUCCUGGUCGUUUGAGUUUGACUCGGUACAAGGCUACUUACUGCAGUAUAGUGCAGCUACUCAAGCUCAACCCUUCCUGAAUCGCUACUGCUAUCCUCAUCUAGUUUGUUGACCUUCAAUCAAUCAUAUUUGCACGGUUCAACAAAUAAACCCACACAGGGACGUCUCCAAAAGCUUUCUGCGCAGAUGGAUAAGAAGAUGUUUAUGUAUGCCGUUGUCGAGGCUUUGUUCCCGGAUGAUACGUUGACGGCUGGAAACAUGACCAAAAAGGGAGAUUACUUCGCGUCGCUGGUUAAAGAAGAUAAGGUGGCUAUGAAGGAUCUGAUGUGGGCUUUUGAGCUCUACAUUUCUGAACACGAUGGCUGCUUGAAAGGGUACUCUUAAUACACUAUCAUGCACAACAAGAUGAAUGAAAUACCUUGCGUUUCGAACUCCAAUUAACUGCUUGCAUGAUUAGAAGAAAUCAAUUGAACACAAACACAAUUAUGAUGCUGACAGAGAACGAAGAAUAAACGUUUACCUUUAAUAUCAUUGAGAUGAAGUAUGAAGAAGAUGAAAAAUUCUAUGUAUAUAUAAUUCUUGCUUUUUCCUAAUAUCUCAAGGUUUCCGAUGGUGCUGAAGGCCUUGUAUGACUUGGACUUGAUCGAGGAGGAUAAUUUCCUUCCAUAUUACAACGAUCCGAGUGCUAACAAGAAGCAUCCAGGACACAAUGAGGUGCACAAGGUUGUGGAGCCCUUCGCCAAAUGGUUGGCUGACAACAGCGAUAGCGACGACUCAGACUCCGACUAGAAACCUACACCUAGGAUUACGACAACCUAAUGAUUACGUUAGGGUUACCACCAUAGAAUACGAAUACCAGUAGCCAAUUAUAGGACAUCGAUCUAAAGCUUAAAAAGAAUUCUUUCAGCGUUCUCGUCGAUGCCCAAACGAGCGUCGCAGAUUCUCUUGUUAAAUGAACGGAUAGAUGAUGUUCUUAGCUUCAUUGGAAGAAGGGCAAGAGAAUGAUCGCGUUUACAUUAUGUCCAGGAAUUACAUUGACGUCUCAUUUUCGCUGGAAUUUCCUUCUAUCCAUCGUAUUUGAUGUCUUAAGACAAGCCUGAUUCGACUUCGUGUCUGCUUUGGCUUUGGUUGGACGAUGUUGCAAUAAAAAUAUAUUAAAUAUGAAGCAAGAUGGACCAACUCGAUGAGGAAUUAUACGAGUACAAUGUUCUUCAUAGUUGGCAUGGAAAUCUGGAGAAGACAAAUUGAAUCCUUGUAGCCCUUUGCUGACUACGUCAUGGCACAACUAGUCCAUGCCAGUUAAACAAUGCCGUGCUGGAGGCGUAUGAACCUGACCGCAGAUCGCUGUGCAGAUUUAUGCAUCUAUCAAAAAUAUGUUGUUGUAUAUGUAUCGCUAGCGACCACCCCUGAAGUUCCCCGGAAGUGAUCAAAUUAAUUGUUUUAGCUAAAGAUCUCGUUAAUCCCCUCGCCUCGUUUUGCGUGCAACCCCUUCUAUUAUGAUCUCGUUGCGUCUUCCGCCCGCUUCCUACCGAUUGAUGAAAGCAAAAUGAAAAUCUUCCGUGCUGACGUACCAUGAGCGCCACGCGCGGUCUUUCUCCGAAGAUAUUCUCCCGCUGACGAAAAGCAUUCUUG